AUGAUCUGGGCCUCGGCCCAGUUUGUAUUGACCCAGCCAGCUUCCGUGUCAGCCCCUGUUGAUGGAAAGGUCCAGAUCUCCUGUACGAGGAGCAGUGGAGCUAUGAAUAGUUACUACGUGUCCUGGUAUCAACAGAAAUCCAACGAACAACCCAAACUAUUGAUUUAUCAGCAAAUCUACAGGCCUGCUGACAUUCCAGACCGAUUCUCUGGGACUAUCGACAGCUCUUCAGCUACCUUAAUCAUUACUGGCGUUCAACCAGAAGAUGAGCUGGUGCUGGUGUUAGGAGAUCUUCACAUCCCGCACCGAUGCAGUAGCCUUCCAGCCAAGUUCAAAAAGUUGCUAGUGCCAGGCAAGAUUCAACAUAUUCUCUGUACUGGAAAUCUUUGCACCAAGGAGAGCUAUGAUUACCUGAGGACACUGGCAGGGGAUGUUCAUGUUGUUCGAGGGGACUUUGAUGAGGGCAUGAGUUAUCCACAGCAGAAAAUUGUCACCGUUGGACAGUUCAGGAUUGGUCUAAUCCAUGGCCAUCAGGUUAUACCCUGGGGGGAUCUGGCCAGCUUGGCGAUCCUGCAGAGGCAGUUGGAUGUGGACAUCUUAAUAUCUGGACACACUCAUAGGUUUGAGGCAGUGGAACAUGAGAAGAACUUCUAUAUCAACCCUGGUUCAGCCACGGGAGCCUACAAUGCUCUGGAAAGAAAUAUAAUUCCUUCGUUUGUUCUGAUGGACAUUCAAUCCUCCGUAGUUGUUACAUAUGUGUACCAACUCAUUGGGGACGAUGUGAAAGUAGAAAGGAUUGAAUACAAGAAAUCUUGA